AUGAAGACCACCACAUUCAUCGCUGUGUCCCUCUUCUCCUUCUCCUCCACCGUUCUUUCUGCGCCUACACCACAGCUCAGCAACAUCCUUGGCUCCAUUAUCAACCCCGGUGCCGGCAACAACAACGUCUUCGAGGGCAACGGCAACCAGAACGGAAACGGCAACGGUAACGACAACUCCGCUGGCAACAACAAUGGCAACGGAAAUGUUGCAGGCAGCGGUAACAAGGCCGGAAAUGGCAAUACAGUCACAUUUCCCUCCAUCUUGAAGGAUCGUGACCUUGGUUCUGGUCUCACAAACAUUCUUGGCUCCAUCACCAACCCUGGUGCCGGCGACAACAAUGUCUUCAAGAACAACGGCAACGGUAAUGGCAACAAGAACGGUAAUGACAACUCAGCUGGCAACAACAACGGAAACGAAAACACAGCCGGUUCUGGAAACUCAGCUGGCAACGGCAACACAGUCAACUUCAAGGAGCGUGGCCUUCUCGACGGCAUUACCAACACCAUCGGCUCCAUCACCAACCCAACUGCAGGCAGUGGCAACAAGUUCCUCGGUAACGGCAAUGGGAAUGGAAACGGCAAUGGCAAUGGCAAUUCUGCAGGCAACGGCAAUGGAAACGGAAACACCGCAGGCAGCAACAACCAGGCGGGUAAUGGAAACUCAGUCAACGUGAGUCCCGACGUGAGCCCCAGCAUUGCUUUGCCGGACAUCUCAUUGCCUGAUAUCACACUGCCUGACAUCACUCUAUGA